GGCUUCUAUUUUCUCUCUCCCUGUUCACUGAUCUCAAACUGAAGCUUUACCAUUGCCAAAUCUCAUCUCAUUCAAUCACUAUUUGAGAGAAAGAAAAAGCAUAUAAGAAAAUCAUCUAGAGGAUGGGUUCAGAAACUUUCCUUGAAGUGGUAUUAGCAAUACUGUUACCACCUGUUGGUGUUUUCCUUCGCUAUGGCUGUGGAGUGGAGUUCUGGAUUGAUCUCGUACUGACCAUACUGGGAUACAUACCAGGGAUUAUAUAUGCCAUUUAUGUAUUGGUUGGAUGACACUCAUAUAAGAUGAAAUGUAAAUUUCUCUUUACUAGAAUAUGUGUAAUUUUGUAGAGACAGCAUUUCUACAUUUUAUUUUCUGUUGUCUGUUAGAAUAAUAUGCUUUGUUGACACUUCUAUUCCACUUAUAUUUGAGAUA